AUGAAUGGGAGUUUGCGGUUCGGUGUACGGUAUGUCGAGGUAUGAGUCGGCCUGUUCAUCCGUUUUUACCUAAAAUCAAACCUUUGAUUUAUUCCAUAUUUUUACGGCAGAGUGCGGGUGGAUAUUUCCGCGAUCUAUUUUUUUAACUUUGCCUGUUUACCAGCAGACCUGCCGGAGGCAUCUCGUAGUUUUGGGAAACUGCAUUAAUGAAAUAGCUGCGAUAGCAGCAAGCCUUUAUAAAGGCUUGCGGACUUGUAGACCACGCUGAAAGAAGGCGCUUGUUCACUUGAAAAAUUUCCGUGAGCUCACCAUGAUUUUGAGAAAGAGAGGCCCACAACAAUAAUAGCACGCAUAUGCAUGGUGGAACAUGUAUCGGUCAGGAUGCCGGCCUAUGCUUUUCGUACGAAGGUAGCACCAUGACGACAUAAGCUUUGGUGGCUUAUACCGCAAGCCAUGACAAUUUCACCUACCCGUCGUUGUGUUGUCCAACUCCGUUUACACUUUUCCCACUGCGUUAGUAGAAAACCAGCAAUUAUUGGCACAUGAAAUCUUUAUUACGUCUGUAAACGUAUAUCUAUCUCAGGCACCUCUAAGUGACUACAGACUAGGGUUAAACCGUACAAGCAGCAACUACGUUGGGUAAUGUAAAUGUGCGUGUAGGUGGGCAAUUGGGUGGGAAUUUGUCAACUUCCGGUGGCGUUUAGUAGGUGUGUCUUCCGUAAUUUUAUCACUUUACGGUUCACCGGUAGCGUGUUUCUGGGUCACGAUACUUUGCAUUCCACACGAAGAACACCUCUGAACUUAGGAACCAUGUUCGUGAACAGCUUAUUCGUGGAAUUGCGUACCUUCUCGAAGUUGAGGUUGUCUAUCGGCUAAGUCCUCUAGGUUUGGGCGCUGCGAGCGGACAACAGUUACCUUCCGUAGUUGUAAACCGCCGUUGCAUCGCCUUUUCUUUUGCAUGAUCGAUAGCUGCCGGCUCAUUUUCCGUAGACUACUUGUUUAUAUUCGAUUUUAUUUAUGCGCUCACUGAUUACUAUCUACUUGAAUGACUUGCAAUUACCUCGACAACAAUGGUAUUCGCCUUGUGGUUGCAAUUAAUAUAUUUAACUUUAUAAGCUGCCUUUAUCAACACUUAGCUGUGAGAGCGGCAUUGGAUAUGCGAAGAGGUUGCAAAUUUCUGUGGGAACCUAGAAAUAACAUCAGUAUCGCAAGUCAUGAUCGGGCACAUAUUUUUCCGGGUCGGAAUAUUUUAUUGUUGUAAGGGAUGAAUUUUAAGAGGACUUAAUUUCCUUCAACAAGACCUUCAGAAGCUAACAAUAAACACUUUCGUGCGUGUAAGUGAACUACGAAAACAUAUGGCGUUUAACCGACUACUUUUCCCAGUAGGAUAGUUAUAAGUGACCGGGACGGCAGUCACUAUAACUACCUUGCGUAUUCGAAAGGUAGGUGACCGUUUUGACACCGGAAGCACUUAUAAAACAGUGCCAGGUGCAGUUUGGCCUAAAUAUACAUUCCAAUCAGCUCAUUCUGUAUCCAACCAUUGCCAUGCUCUUGGAUCCCUAACUUCAAAGUGUGACACACCCGUUCCACACAGGUAAUGAGUCCGACAUCGAAAAUCAUCGUACUUUCUGGCAAACAGGAAAAAUCUACAUAAGUGCCAUUCUGCGACCCUACAUCCUCUAAAGUAGAAUUAAGACUAGGCCGAUAUACUAUCCAUGCUUGUUGUCACAACCAUCACCGACUACUCUAGAUUCAUCGGGCUCGUUUUGGUGCUUGUACGCUUGAAAGUACUCGGCCAAACACAUUUCCUUGGGCAGAAACGCCCAGACAUCGAACAAUCUCGUUAUGCUCCGUCAGUUAGUGGACACGUUUUCGGGCUUUGCAACUUAGCCGUAUACGACCAGUCAAAGAUCCGAACUUUACAAGCGUGUAAUUUGGCAUAUUAGGCAGCGUUUCAGCUUUUCGAGAAUAACCGCGCCCUGUCAGUAAAGACGACCCUCAUAAAUCAACAAGGAAUUUCAGUCAUAUUGCCUAUGCCGACACUAAAUUUGUGAGCUUACUGAUUCUUGGGACAGCAAGCACCAUAAGGAACAUAGCGGUGUUCACCAUCUCCAACUUUGCACCAUAAUCAUGCCCGACCGGAUCAGAAUUCCAUCUUAUUGCAUGAAUAGUCAUUCCUUACCAGAAAGCACCUCUUACAGGCAUCGGACACUUGCACGAUCACGGCUCGAGCAUCUGGUUACAUUACUUUCGGUGCUUUAACUCAUGGUUUUGGGCCAAAGGGAUUAAUCCGUUUAUGGCCAAAUGCAACUGUUAGCGGUCAGACUUACUUUCUUUGCUUUCCGCUUUAAAAUAUUAGGUCACACGCCGAAAAUGCUUAUAGAAGCAAUGCUGUGACAGAAAAUUUUUCGCACCCAGCCACGUGGGUGGACGUUCUGCCAGUUAAACUUGGGCCUUUUGCCCGCAUCGCACAAAUUUACAUCCAUUCUGCGGGAGAACGACUGAAGGUCAUGGGGUUUGAGGUCGCGAUUGUCGAUUCGCGAUUUCCAGCCGUAUAUGCGAUGUGACCCCGACAAAAUCAGUAACUUAAAGGAGACUUCGUCCGUUGCCAGUCGCCCAGCACACCAAGAAAUCGCUUCGUUUGAUAAUUUUAUGAUGGAAGUAUCCCCACUUAAAACACUUACAGACGCAGAAUCGUUUGCUGCUGGUUGUGGUCAAACCGCCGAUUCUGCGAACUUGCGCCAUGUGGUCUACUUCUGAGCUAUCACAACCACGCAUUUCUCUCUUCCAGAUUUUGGUCCGAAAAUAUAAUAAUUAAGUGUGCGUGCCUAAAUGUGUCGACGCCCUACUUUGAGUCUUUUCGGCGCACACCAUUUCUUGAUUAAGAAUGUCCUACGGAGACGUCGACUUAAAACGUAACCUUGCUUUUUUACAGCAUUCGUCCUAGUCUUAUCGCGCCUGCUACUUUUUUGUUGUCCGAAGUUCUUCAGUGUGUUUUCGGCCUCAUUACUAGUCAUGUGCGCGUUCGCUAAACUGAUUAUCGAAUCCGACAGUGGAACCAAGUGGAAUUCGCACAACUGUCUUCCUUUAGUUACACGUUUUUUUACAACUUACAGCUUGUCCUCAAAGUUCCUCUUUCUUCUUACAGAUGGGCCAAUUGCUGUCGUAUACCCUGACACCCGAUAACCCGUUCCCGCGCUCACGGCAGGACUCAACUCUUGCUAAUUUCUGUAGCGUCAUUCGUCGAAAUGUCAGCAGAAGUAUUGCAGGUUUGUGUGAGCCACGCAUCCACGCGUAAACUCACCUUUUUCGCUUUCCCUAGAUUCCUCAGGGACUCCAGAGAAAGAUGCCAAAUCCCUCAACUUGGCUCAUCUGCCUCCGGAGUUGGCCUUCGACAUUUUGUCCUACUUAAAUGCCACUGACCUCUACCUGGCCGCAUGCGUCUGGUGGAAUUUGGCCUCUGAUGAAGUUCUUUGGCAGGGGUAGGCUCUCGUUUUAAAAAGAGCAGGCCUAACACUACUGGCACAGGCUUUGUCGUGCAACGUGGCCCUACUGUUCAGCUUACAAAACAUGGACAGAGCAACCGAAUUUCUCCUUCCGCAUUCUCUUUUUGCGUCUAGAUGAGGCCCGACUUACCUUCAACAUAGAUGCCUUCGAGGUAGGAGACAUGUGAAGGGAAACAUAUUCCUUAUUUUUGUGCAGGGUAUUAAGUACUUACAGAAAUACGAGAUUUUGAGCGACGAAACGGACGACUUGGCAAUGUUUUUGCAUUCCGCUCCGGGGCUGGAUCCAGUUCAGAAGCGACGAUUCCUGGAGACAAGGUAAUUUUUGUGACAUUUUAAGUCUUCCUACUUUCGUUGUCUACACUACACGCAUACGCACUCAUGGUUUGUAGAUAAUGUCUAACUUGUAUGUUAUUUGCGCCAUUGAUUAUGAAAAUCAAACAUUUGAUUGACCUCGCCCCUUGCUUUUCAAAGUCAAUCCGACCGGAGGUGAGUGGCUACCGUAUCAUAAGGUGAGUGUCAAAGGCGUUCCACACAUUGACCAGCAUCCGACGCAUGCGAGAAGUGCCUUAAGAAGCAAGUAUUGCAUUCCGACCCCCGUGUCGAGGAAGAGACGCUAUCUCGUUAGCUGGAAGCUGUCCAAGCAACAACUUUAAGGGCAUCCUAGUGGUUCUACACUCGCCAGUUCUGUUGUAUGAGGAUAUGUGACUAAUUGCCAUAAUUGCACCUCAGUAAUGGGGCUUAGGCUCACACCUCUCCAAUGCAUCAGUGGGCGUCGGGGUCUCCGACCGAUUGGGGAUAAAUAUAUGCGCACUGGACUACUAGCGACCCGAUGUGCUUGGCUUCCUAAGGCAAACAAGCCUCGAAUAGAGUCAUGAGAUUCAUUAACAGGCCACUACCUACUAAACCUUAAGGUGACCACUGGGUGAUCAGCUGAAAUCUGGACCUGACCCACUCUUGAUACGAAUGAAGAAGAGGGUGCUUUUCCCGCGGAUACCGCUGUGUGGUCAGUCGCAUCGGUUACGCCUAUUCGAAUGUGAGCCGUCGCAUACUCGGCGCUGAAGCCAUCUCCAAUUAUGGAUUUAAUGUCACUUAUCCUCCUCUAGAAAGCCCUGUCAACUGUGGCUGAUUAUUUUGCUGUAAGUUGGGUCUUUCCUGGAGGUGUUUACUGUCAGAUAGGAUAUAACUAGACUUGUCGAGGGUCUGGGCGGUGUUUCGUGUCUCUUCAUCCACUCAUGGCGAAUAUGCGUCCUAUUGCGAUGUCAUCUUCUACAGGCAUGGUAUUAAUAGGAGCACCAACGAAUGCAAGGUGGACUGGAAUGGAUCUUCCCGGUUUGCUAACUUUUGUCCGUUAACCAUACCAUAAUCCAGGUCCAGAUUACGCGGGUCGCUGCGCAUUAAGCGAAACACCCUGCCAUUGAGUCACGGGCCCGUAGUCUUGUUAUGAUCGGGAAUAUUAAUUUACACAGCAGAGGACCUGGGGCUCGAAUUCCUCUUCUUUGGUCACUAGGCGUUAUUAAGUCCUGCCCAAUUGAGCCACGGGCCAACUGUCCUGUCGGUUGCGAUCGAGAGUAUUAACCAUGGUGGGAGGACGUUCGCCGAACAGGUUACGGGACAUGCUUUUCCUGUUGCGCCUUGGGGCUCGAUCUAGAGGCCUCUCAGGCAGUCGCAUAGAAACCUGCAAUGACGACAAAGACAAGGGGUUCGGGGUGGUCAUUUCUGGCUCAUAUUUGCCGUUGUCAGCCAGCCAUACUCCGACAUCAGAUUUAAAUAGCUUGGAACUGCCCGAGAUGAAGACUAUCACCAGAUUUAAAUGACAAAUUCCGUGCGUUUAAAUAAACAGAGCCAUAGUCAAGGUGACUUUUAGCAGAAAUAAAAGGACUUAUGCCUUCUUUUGUUACACAGACCGGAUGUGCUAGCGGGCCUGAUUCGAAUCAAAAACUUCCAUCAGCAAUUCCUUCCAAAUGCUCUGCGUGCCCUCUUGACCGAAAUACCCACUCCUGAGAAGAAUGCCUCCAACUUCAUGGCUCAGAUAAUCCAGGUCUUCUCGGAACACUUUGUUCGGUGUAAUCCGAGCAUCGGACUUCCCCCUGGUUAGUGAUUUGCUUUCUCCACUACCACUUUUCCUUCCUCACUCUUGCUGUCUUUGGUCACCCCCUCCGCCCUCGGGGCCAUCAAUACUUACUUGGACUUGAUACGGCCGCGAUCAUGCCUGAUCUAGCCGACCUCGAUGAUGUCACGGACUGUACCUCUCCACGCGUGACGAUCCGCGGCAGCAGAUCUGGACAGCUCAACCCAUUCUCUUCGCCAACGACGGAGACCGAAUACCGAAGGUCUAAGAACCACCUCCAUGUCUUGACGAAUUGUGUCGAGCCAAGUUUUGAACUGACCCCCUCAUCGACGCCUCCAAUGGGGCAACGGUGCCGGAUCGAGGGCAGUAACACUGAGCUCCUGUGAUGGACGACGAAGAACAUGCCCAAGCCAUCUCAGCUGUCUUUCUUGGAUGGCCGAGUUAUCCUUGCGAUGUUGUCGCAGCGAGCGCGGACUGUCUCAUUUGAGAGGAAGUCGGUGAACUCCACUUGAAGGAUGGUCCUCAAGCAGUGGUGAUCAAAUACCUCCAGUUUUCGCCCGUACUCCACGCGCGAAGCCCAGCAUUCACAACUGUAGAGAAGGACAGACCGGACGGAUGCGCGGUACACGCGAAUCUUAGUGGCGGUGGGGAGGUUACGUCGGUUCCACAGGCAUUUCCGAAAGCCUGAGAAAACCCGGCAGGCAACAUCAAUUCGGAAGACAAUUCCUCCUUACUCUGUCCAUUAGGCAGAAGCCUAGCUCCGAGGUAUUUAAUACUGUCUACUUCUUCAUUUUGACGGCCAUCAAUCCCGCCAGAUGCAUUCUCCUGGUCAGGGAUGCAGCUUGAAAACGCUUUAGUCUUCCCAGCGUUUAUGGAUAAACCGACCGAUUUAGCGACCUCGUUCAGCCGUGACACCAUAGACUGCAGAUCAGUCAGUCAGUGUAUUUGAGGGAAAUAGGCUUACGCCGUUGAACUGCCUAUUUGUACAUAAAAAUCGAUGAAUAAGCAAAAUGUGAAAAAAUUACAGCACUAAGUGAAUGCAGACAUUGAUUCACAUAUGUUACUGGUCUCAUGGCUAAAAAGUCACAUAGUCCGCUUGUUGCUGCAGCAUAUGUCUGUCAAGCCGACAUUUAAAUGUCGCCACAGAUUGAGACACGACAACCGUCUCGGGCAGAUUAUUCCACGGUUCCACGACACGGUUGGAGAAGAAAUAUUUUCUCACAUUCAAUCUACCCUGGGGCACACGUAGUUUGAAGGGAUGUUCCCGGAGGUAAGUUGUAGUGGCGAGCUGGAAAAAGUCGUCACACCGAAGGGCACAGUCCAGGCCACGCACUAUACGGAAAGUUUGUAUCAAGUCUCCGCGCAACUGCCUAUAACCCAGAGGAUAGAGAUUAAGGUUAGUUAGGCGGAUCUCGUAUUUCAGCGCACCUUUACCUCUUACUAAUUUUGUUGCUCGCCUCUGCACCCUUUCGAGCAGAUUGUAAUCCUGAUGCGUGCAUGGUCUCCAGGCCUGAAUAGCAUAUUCGAGAUGCGGCCUUACAAACGUGCCGAAGACUUUGGAGAAGCAGUCUUCAUCGAAAACUGCGAAUGUCCGCUUGAUGGCAUAUAGCAUUGAAGUUGCGGCCUUGGCCGCCUUACAACAUUGUGUAGAAGGCUUUAGGCUGUCUGCAACCCAGACUCCGAGAUCUUUCUGCGUUUCUGCUUCUCGAAGUGGCAUUCCGUUCAGAUGGUAUUGCCGCGUACUAGGGGUCUGAUUUCCGAGGCGCAGUAUGGUACAUUUGUUCAAAUUGAGGGACAAGAGCCAUCUGCGGGACCACUCGUCCAAUCGACAAAGAGUUUCUUGGAAGUUGGUCUCAUCGGCAGCAUUCUGGAUGACUUUCCAGAUUUUUAUGUCAUCCGCAAACAUGGCACAAUCACAGUCCAACCCAUCUACACAAUCAUUGAUGAACAAGAGAAAGAGGGUUGGUCCGAUCACCGAGCUUUGUGGGACUCCACUCUCUAUGAAUGUGCGCCUUGAUUGCCGUUUUUCUACGCAGACAAUUUGGAAGCGACCGACGAGGAAAUUAUCGAUCCAUUUGAGAAGUUUGCCGCCGAUGCCCAUUAUUCUCAACUUGUGCAGGAGACGCUGGUGCAGAACACUGUCGAACGCCUUCCGGAAAUCAAUAUAGGCCACAUGCACAGGGUGUUUUGCGUCCAGUGCUCUUGUCCAACUUUGCAUUGUAUAUAGCAAGUUCGUUACACAUGAUCUUCCCCUACGGAAACCAUAUUGUGCUUUGGACAAGAGGUUGUGGCUUUCCAGAUAAACCAUCAACUCCUUUUUUAUGGUUUUCUCCAUCACUUUGCAGCAGAUUGAUGUCAGACUGAGAUCAUCAAAACUUGUAGCAAGUAAGACGAUAUCAUCGGCAUAGUCGAGAUCAGUCAGUCGGUAUCCGGGUGCAAACUCAACGCCUUCACCUUCGUGUAGGGCCCUCCCGAAAAUCCAGUAAAUAGCGUAGUUGAACAGAAUGGGUGACAGGAUACAACCCUGAUCAGAGACAUCAUCAGAGACAGUGGCAGAAAAGGGUGACUCGUGCACAGGAAAUCGCAGUAUUUAUAGGAUGCAGUCGCUAUGCUACCGCAUACCUAUAGCAAUUAACCGCCCUCCCCUUCAUCAAGGAUGGCUGCCCGCUGGUGCGCUAAUUGCUUGAUGGCCGGCAUGACAGUUGUUAAUUGCCGAAAUGUCAUCACCCGGGUUAGAUGCUGGCGUGAUGAUUGCCCGGUCAUCUGGCUCACCGGCUUACGCGCUCCCCGAGUGGUCAAUUACCUUGGCCAGCCUAUGCCUCAGCACGGAAUAUGGAGUGGGGAUAUCGGUGCACUUGUUGGUAGACUGAGGUCCCGUGAACCAUGACUCAAGCAACUCGCGGCUCACGCGAUUAUCCCCUCGCGCGAGAAUUUCGGCCUCAUCGAACUGGAAUGUGUGGCUGGGUCUCGUCGAAUGGGCCGCGACUUGAGAGAUGGCGUCAUUUCUCCGUACCCCUGCCACGUGUUCGGCAAUUCGCGUUCGGAGCAGUCUUCCAGUUUCUCCGACGUAGUUGCUUUGUCCGCAACUGCACCAGAUCCGGUAAACGACUCCAGUUGUUUCUUGCCGUGGCAGUGGGUCUUUUGGUCUCAUCACCUGACGCCUUAUGGUGGCCUCCGGUCUGUGUGCCACUCCAACCCCAAGUGGUGCAAGAAGGCGGCUAACGGCCUCGGAGACGUUCUUGAUGUGCACGAGUCACCCUUUCCUGCUAUUGUCUCUGAUGAUGGAUUCAAGUGAGAAUCCGAAGCGUCAGGCGAAUAAAGUCCUUGUUCCAGCGAUCGCUUCUUCUUCUGAUCAACUAGUUCCUGGAACUCGCAUCUUCUCUUGUAUCGGCAAGGAUACAAUCCUGUCGAACGCCAGACCGAAUACCGGACGGUUGGGUAAGAUUGUUGCGGUCAUAAAUGAUUGCGCCUAGACAGAUCCCUACCUCCCUUCUGCGGAAGGUUUCAUCCGAAUUCCAAUAAGUCACUGUAGACGAGCAGUCGUUUUCAGUCUAUCCCUCCAUGACCUUUCUGUCUUCUUCUUCCUCCCCCCGCCCAGAUGCCGUCUACAUCAUCUGCUUCUCUCUGAUUAUGCUCUCGCUGGACUUCUCCUGCCCCCAGAUAAAGAACAAAAUGUCUAAACGGGAGUUUAUCCGCAAUACGCGACGCGCUGCGCUGCAGGCCUCCUGUGAUGAGUUUUUGGGCAGCCUGUACGACAAUGUCUACCUGGAGGGCGUCAUUGCGAAGCCAUCAGCCGCACCUACUCGCUCCAGGCGCUCCAAGUCUUCACCCACUCACCGUUUCCCCAGUCCGCACCGACCAUUUUACGUGUUUCGAUGA